AUGCCGAUGUUGGAGAAGAAGGACAAGGAUCUGCUCAUGGAAGCGCUACUUUUUUGCUUCAAAGGUUCUCUGAGUAAGGUUGAUACUGUGAAGUACAUAAGGAAGAAACAUGGUACACUUUUCAAGGAAGAGAUCAUCAUCCGUGGGUUAGCGAUUAUGAACAAGAUAAAGGAGCAUAAUCCCACAUACCAAGGAGAGGGCAACAUAAACUUCAUGUCCAUUUUGGAGAAAGAUCUUCUUAUGGAAAGUCUAGAAUUUUGCUUCAAACAUGCCUUUAGUAAGGAAGAUACUCUACGCUUCAUAACAAAGACUCAUGGGGACCUUUUUGGAGAAGACAUGAUCACAAAUAUGUAUGGCAUUAUGAAGAAGAUGAAGCGUGAUCCUCAUUACCACAAAGGAGAGGCCGUGUCCGACAAGAAAGAUGCUAUGAUUCAAGUCGUAACUUUCUGCUUUAACCAAUACUUCACAGAGGAAGAGACACUCAACUACAUAGCACAGAAACAUGCUGGUGUCUUUGACGAAAAGAUGAUAGAACGUGUAUAUCACGUUAUGAGCAUCCGCGUCAAAAACACUGAUCCUACCUUUGAAGAAGAGGUUGGUUUGCGUUCUACCUUUAGAACUUUGCUGUCACAAGAAACUGCCUUGACUUCAAAAGAUAAGCUGAAAGUGAUACAUUAUCAUCUGAGGCUCUUGAGUGAAGAAACUAGAACCUUGCUGGCUGAUUUCUCACCUUUGGAAAUUGAGAUUCUAGGUUUUUUUCUCACAAAGUUCAAUGAAGAAUUACUUGAACCUUAUGCUAUUGCUGGAACUCACAAAAUGUGCUUCCACUGCCAUUGCUUUGAGUGCUACUUAAGAUUCUCUAAGAUUUUAGAUUGGAUGAGUGAAAAGAAGAAGGCACUGAUUGAUAAGGUAUUAGAGGAAAUUGACGUUGCAGAAAAAGGUAGUCAAGAAGUAAGUGUAGAGAAUGAAGAAGAGAAGGUAGAGAAGGGCAAGGGUGGUGGUGGUGGUGGAGGUGGAGGUGGUGGUGGUGGAGGAAAGAAGGGUGGUGGUGGUGGUGGAAAGAAGGGUGGUGGUGGUGGUGGUGGUGGUGGUGGAAAGAAUAAGAGCGGUGGUGGUGGAGGAAAGAAGAAGAAGAAGAAGUAA